AUGGCCUCGCUCUGCCAGUGCCCUAUUACAUGCCUGUGGUGUAUGUAUGCUGCAUGGUGCGUGCUACUUGUUAGUUUCAAUAAUCAAGCCGCUGAAUCUGUGAUCAGUAUUCCCGAAUACCGGAAAGUUUUCGGAAGUUUAGCCAUCAUUGGGUCCCUCGCUAUGAUGGAUUUUGUUGCCACAACAAACGCCUUGUUCUUUGGUGGAAAGUUCCUCAACGGUUUUGCCGUCGGAGCAAUUGCCUCGGUCACAGUCACUUAUAUCGACGAGGUCACUCCUCUCGCCCUCCGAGGUUUCUUCACCUGCCUCAACGCCCUUGCGUUUUGCCUUACUUCGCUCGUGGCCGUUUUGAUCACCAACGAGACGGAAAAUUUCCACACCAGAUGGGCAUACUGUGCUGUCUUCUGCGCCCGGUAUGGCUUCGCUGUUAUUGUCUGGUUCAUGCCAGACAAAAGACAGAAACGAAGACGCUCUAAAGCUCUAAAAGGUCUCAACAAACUCGGCCAACGCGGCACCGAAGCAACCUCCAAACUUGCACUCACCCAACGCACCCUCGAAGAAGCCAGACAUUAA